AAAAUGACUUCCAUGUCUCUGCUGAUAACUAUUUACGUUUCCAUGGUGAUUGGCGGCAUCUGCAAUGUCGAUGGAAGACACUGUUCCAAUAGACGAGAGUUCUUCAAUUACGACGAUGAAAGAAGCGUCUUUGAUGACAAGCCGGCUUUCAAGAAUUUAGACGGGGACAAGUACUACGAGGAUUUGCAAUUCGGAAUCCACUGGCAACCGCAAUACGGCAAUGAUGAAGAUCCCAUGGAUGAGCCACUGGACGCCGAUGACUUGGAUCCAAUGGACCUGGACAAUGGCUUCAUCGGGAGGAAGAGACGUGCGAAAUCGAGCCAACACCGGGUCCAUGUAGGCCAAGAAAAACGAAAGAAAUUGAGGCAAGCUAGACAGAUCGAUUUUGACGAGGAGGACGAACAUCAGCAUUAGGAAACCAAUAGUACUUAAACUCCAAUACACACAGUUCCCACAAAAAUCUUGUAUUGUUUCGACGACCUUUUUCAUUUCUCUCGAUAAAUAUUUUUAUUGUUCACACAAAUACACUUUAACACCGCACAAUUUGUUUUAAUAG